AUGAUCUCUGUUGGUGUGUUGGUAGCCAACACAACUAGGCCGAGACCAUGGAAGCAUAUAAGCGCUUUGGAGCGUCAUUCAAUUCACUUAGAGGAUAACAAGAAGAACAAGAAGCCGUUAGAAGAGUAUUUCGAGAAACAUAGAGCUCCCAAUCUUCACGUCAACUCCGAAGAGUUUUGGAACGGUUGGGAGCCUGAGCUAUCUGAUGCAACGAUGGACCAUCCCGCUUUCCACCUCUCUCACGUCCUUCAUAUACUCGGCAUCUCCUCACUCACCUUAUUCAAACACUCGUUGGGCCGUAGGAAGAUUUUAAUUUAUACAAACCCUCCUGUAGAAUCAGCUUGUCUACUAGCCCAGUUAGCUGCUGUCAUAUCAACAGGGGAAGAGGGCGCUUCUGGAGUGUCCACUCGACGUAUCAAUGUUCUCGGUGUAAUAGGACUGAUGGACCUAGCCAGGAUCGAGAAAGAAAACGCGCAAUCAAACGGGUGGAUAGCGU